AACGAAGCACCCCGAACGAGCGAGGCCACCGGUUCCCGACGCCCGCCCCGCCCCGCGCCGCGCCCAGCCGGCCUCGCCGACCGGGCCCGCGCCGCCCUAUAUAUCGCUGAUAGGCACCACUGACCACCCCUCCCUCUCCUCGCGACCACCGUUCUGCUGCGCCCGCCCCCUCUACGUUCCCCCAUUUCCGGUGCUUCUGCCGUGUGACAGAGAGCGCCCAGUGGCAGAGAGGGGCGGCGAUGGCGCGGCACUUCGUGCUCAACACCGGCGCCAAGAUCCCCUCCGUGGGGCUCGGCACCUGGCAGUCUGACCCCGGCGUCGUUGGCAACGCCGUCUACGCCGCCGUCAAGGCGGGUUACCGACACAUCGAUUGUGCCAGAGUUUACGGCAAUGAAAAGGAGAUUGGUGUGGCGCUGAAGAAGCUAUUUGAAGAGGGUGUAGUGAAGCGAGAAGAUCUGUUUAUCACCUCUAAGCUAUGGAAUGAUCAUCAUGCUCCUGAAGAUGUGCCUGAGGCACUAAAUGAAAGUCUGAAUGAUUUGCAGCUUGAGUACUUGGAUCUUUAUCUUAUCCAUUGGCCAGUUAGAGUCAAGAAGGGAACAAACCACAGUCCUGAGAAUUUUGUUACACCUGACAUCCCUGCUACCUGGGGGGCAAUGGAAAAGUUAUAUGAUGCUGGCAAAGCUCGUGCUAUUGGUGUCAGUAACUUCUCCUCGAAGAAAUUGGGUGACUUGCUUGCUGUAGCUCGUGUACCUCCAGCUGUGGAUCAGGUGGAAUGUCAUCCUGCUUGGCAGCAAACUAAGCUCCAUAACUUUUGUCAGUCAACUGGUGUUCAUCUUACUGCUUACUCACCACUAGGUUCACCUGGUACAACUUGGAUGAAUAGUAAUGUCCUUAAAGAACCAAUAAUCAUCUCAAUAGCUGAGAAACUUGGGAAAACUCCAGCACAAGUGGCUCUGCGCUGGAACAUUCAGAUGGGUCACAGUGUACUUCCGAAGAGCACAAAUGAAGAAAGGAUAAAGCAAAACCUUGAUGUUUAUGAUUGGUCAAUUCCAGAUGACUUGCUUGCAAAGUUCUCUGAGAUUAAGCAGGCUAGGCUACUUAGAGGCAACUUCGCUGUUAACCCAGCGAGCGUUUACAAGACCCAUGAGGAGCUCUGGGAUGGUGAACUUUAGGAAGGACACCGUUGUUCAUCCUGAGCAGGGAGCAGCGUUCCAUUAGGGCCUGUCAGAUCAUUUUAUCUCCAAAUUUGCUCUUUAGAAUUGAAGGUUCAGUGCUCGGAAGCUCUGAUGCCAUCCUGUGUCACGAGCUGCUGCAGUCCAUCCUAGUCCUAGUAUCAAUUGAUUUUUCUGGUAAACUGUGACCAAAGAAGUUAAUUCGCCAGGCAUCAUUGGUCUGUAUUGGAAUUUCAUCGUUUAUCUCCUCACACUAUUUCUUUUUAUGCUCCAUUUAUUCUCUCUGUGAAUUUGGUGAACGUGCUAACUUGAUUAUCCUAUAAACAAAUGUGCAUUUAGCGUA